AUGGAUAUUUGGGGUAAAUUAACAUCAAUCAAUAGAAAAAGCUUAAAUUUAACAGAAUAUUUAGACUAAGAUACUAUAAAAGUAGGAAGAUCUGAAAACAAUUAAAUCGUAAUAGACCAUCCUAAAAUAUCAAAAGUACACUGUAUAUUAACUAGAUAAGAUGAUGGUGUGUAUAUUGAAGAUAAAAGCUCAAAUGGAACUUAUAUCUAAAAUAAUUUGAUUGGAAAAGACUAAAAAGUUAAGGUUUCCACAGGAGAUAUCAUUUAUCUUCUUCGCAAAGACAAAGUUAAAGCAUAAUGUGAAGAUAUAGGCAUGGUUUAUUCAACAGUAAAUAUUCAACCAAUGUAAACAGAACCAGAAGAAUAGUUUAACAAUGAAGUAGAUAAGAUCAAAGAAAAGCUUAAAAAGGAAAGAGAGUUAAAAUAAAAAAUUGAUAAAGAAAUAAUUGAAUAACAUAAUUGCUCUAUUUGUCAAGAUUUAAUUUAUGAUUAUGUUUAACUAGACUGCUGUAUUCAUGGCUUUUGUGGUGGUUGCUUGAGCGAGUAUCUUUAAUCAAAUCAGACUUGUCCUGAUUGCAGAUAAUAAAUAAAUUUCGCUUUUAAAAAUCCAAAAACUAAUUCAACAAUCGAAGCACUAAGAAAAACAAGCUAAAUAAAGAGAUAUCCAGAAGAAUAUGAAGAAUUAGAUCUCAAAAAUGUUAUUACUUCGAGCUAAACUAGUGUUGAUGAAUUAAUUAAAUUAUUCAAAAGAAAGACUUAAACAUCUGCUUACCAAUCAAAAUUAUCUGAAAUAUUAGAAAAGUAAUAAAAAAGAAUUAAUGGAUAAAUUGACUCAGAUUAUUCUUACUAAAGUGAAAACGAAGAUGAAGAAGAUUUAAAAAUAAAACCAGAAGAAUGUCCUGAAUGCAAAAUAGCUAGAAUGGAUGAUUCAUUUAAAUGCAAAGAUUCAUAAAAGCACUAAAAAUGUACUGGAUGUAAAAGAAUGUUCCCAGAUAGACCAGAAAGAUAGGAUCAAAGAUGCGUAGUAUGCAAAGAUCCUUACUGUGGUCUAUAUCUUGGAGUUUGCAAAAACAAUCUAACAAAUUAAAAAAAGACAGGAAAAUAUUUAGCUUAGUUCAAUGAUUUUAAAGCACCUCAAAAUAUUGCUUAAAAUAUAUUUAGAGCCAAUAAGGUUGAGUUAUAGAUCUUUAAUGAUUUUUUGAGGUAAAAUAAUCUCACAAAUUAGUCUAUGUUAGAUGAGAUGAAGUCUAAAUUUAUUAGCUAAAACAAUUUCUUCUUGGAGAAAUCUAAAAGUAUAUUAUCAAAUUAUAAUGAUAAGCCUACAAAUAUUCAGAUUAACUUAGAAACUCCUGUUUGCAGUGAAUGUUUUCCUGUUAUCUGGCAUCAAAUAGUUUUUAGAUAUAGAAUAUAUAUUAAAAAUAAACUGCCAGCCAGAUAUUGUUAAAGACCUAAUUGCCAUUGGGGUAUAAACUGUACAACAUAAAUAACUAAAUAAUCUCAUGCAGAGACAUAUGAUCAUGUGUGUGAGCAAACUCGUUUUGCUUGA